UUCUGGUUUCAAAUUUGCACAUUCCAUUUUAAAGCUGCGAGCACUCAUAUACUGUAUUUGUAGGUGUGUCCGCUCAUAUGGACCUGUACUUCAUGCCAACAUAAUGCAUACCCUGUGUAUAGUUUGGAAAGGGGGAGUGCGUCUGUGUGGUGAUUGGAUAAUUGGAAAUGCACAAAGUGAGAAAUAAAACUCUUGAUACUUGCAAAGGCGUCUUUGGAGUUUGAGACGUGGAGCCUCCAAACUGAGAAUGGCCCACCGGAGACCGGUGAAAGUAUACGUGUGUGUGUUUAAGUAUCUACAUUGUCUGAUCAUUUGCUCCAGCCAUCAUCUUGUAGCAGCAAUGAGCGAUGCCAGGGUCUAAUGUCCGCCCUGGGGCUUGUGUUGUAAAAGCAGCUGGUGGACUUUCGGUUUAAAUAUAGCCUCUGUGCAGUAAGCAGACUUAAUGGGAAAUGUUUACCAUUCUUCCCCAAAAGGCAACAGCGACUCCAGCGUCAAGUAUGAAUUGUAGCCGAGCCGGGAUGUUCCCAAUCGCCUUCGGUGUUGGCCUCCAGCUCUUUCUGUGCCAUGUGUUGGCUGAAUCCACCUUCUUGGACAACGCGUUCCCAUUACAAGCAGCAUUGGCGCCUGUGGAACAUAAAAAGAGAAGCACUAACAAAUGUUGUCUGCUGACCCCCCCACCACCCCCGAUGUUUCCACCACCCAUCUUCCGGGAAAGCAAAAGUCUUGAAGAAUUAAAUUUGAAGAAUUUACCUUUGGAAAUAAAGACAACUGAAUCUUCAUGUAAAGUGAUAGUUGGAUCUCCUGGACCACCAGGCCCCCAGGGUCCACCAGGAAUUCCAGGGAUUAGGGGACCAAAAGGCGAGCAUGGAGAAAUUGGAAGGCCGGGAAGAAAAGGGAGAACAGGGUUACCAGGCCCCUAUGGACUGCCAGGGCCAGCAGGCUCCCCAGGACCAAUUGGGCCCAAGGGUGAAAUGGGUGAUCAAGGAUUAAUGGGAUUACCAGGUGCAAGAGGACCAAUGGGCCCGAAGGGUAUGAUGGGACAUAAAGGUGAAAAGGGGAUAAGAGGUGAACGAGGUCAACAAGGAAUCAAAGGAGAAAUGGGUGUUAUGGGUCUUCCUGGAAUGCUUGGACAGAAAGGUGAAAUGGGUCCAAAGGGAGAAUCUGGAGCCCCUGGACACAGAGGACCUGUUGGCAGACCUGGAAAGAGAGGAAAAUCUGGACUAAAAGGGGAAAUGGGUCCAAGAGGAAUGAUAGGACCUUCAGGCCCACCAGGACCAUCUGGUCGCCCUGGUCUACCUGGGAUAUCUACAUCAGGUCGCUUAAUUGUCGGACCAAAGGGUGAAAGAGGACUCCCAGGGCCAGUAGGAAGAUGUUACUGCAAUCUCCCUCAGACUGUAAGCAAUCCUUCAUAUAGUGAGCUCCCACCUUUGGUCAAUUCUCCACAAGUACCAGUCAUAUUUGUUGUGGACAAUGAGGAAGAGCUGAAAAAGCUGAACACCGAAAAUGCGCUAGCUUUCCGGAAAGAUCAGAGGUCAUUGUACUUCAAAGAUACUGUUGGAUGGCUGCCGAUUCAGAUCUCCCCUACACUGCUUGCAGCUUCUUCGUCACAUUCAGCAGGGUUCUGUGGAGAUGGAGUAGUUCAGGAGGAAAAUGGGGAAGAGUGUGAUGAUGGAAAUAAGAUUGUCACCGAUAGCUGUAUAAAUUGUAAGCAAGCCUACUGUGGAGAUGGAUAUGUGUGGAAGGGAUUUGAAGAAUGUGAUGGUAAAGAUUUUGGUUACCAAACCUGUAAAACCUAUCUUCCCGGGUCUUUUGGGGAUCUGAAAUGUACGUCAUAUUGUUACAUUGACUCCACGAGCUGUCGGUAUUUCACAUGAGACUAUGAAAAAUGGCUGCUGGGACAUGUCUUGUUGAAACAAACUCAUCUGGUGCUAUCAUAGAACCAACAGGUUUGGGCUGCACAUACACUUCCUCUGUUCAAUAUAACCAUAACCAGCAGCUGGAAGACUUUUAGAUAGUCGAGAUUCAUUUCAAGUGAUUAUCUGGAUGGCAAUUUGGACCAUUGCAUUUUGUCUUAAAAUAAAAGCAACGUCAACCACAAAGGUACGAAAAGGAUGCUAUUUGAUUUCCACUGAGACCUUUAAAGUGUACAUAUACAUACAUAUUACACAUAUAUGUGUGUAUAUAUAAUAUAUAAUAUAUUACAUAGCCAUGUCUAAAGACUGCUCAUCCGCGUUUGACAAUUCUCAGGCAGAAAUAUCAAAGAUGUAAUAGCAAACAGCUGUUCCGCAAGAGACUGGAGUCAAAACUGCCAUACCUCGACUGUGCACUGCUACUGACCUCCGUAGUUUUGUACCUGGACUUACUCAAGGAACUGACUGGCCGAAUUCUUGGUGCUGUGUUGAUACAGUGAAAACAGGAAAAUGACAAGAAUUCAGUCCUGAAAUGUGAACUACUAUUUAUUGCAUUUGCAUGGAUAUUAUGCACAAAGAAGCAAACUGCAAAAAUCACUCUUCCAUGUCUUGAUUGCUCUUGGCUCAAUCAGCUGUUAUAUUAUAGGGUGUCAUGUUCUUAGGAUAUACACACACACACACAGUGGCAGUACAUAAAUGGAUAAAUAGAUAAAGUGCAUGAACUAUAGAUAUCACAAGCAAUAAGCUGGCAUAAGUGGAUAUGAUGAAGGGCUUUUGCCCGAAACGUCUAUUUCACUGCUCCUUGGAUGCUGCCUGAACUGUUGUGCUCUUCCAGCACCACUAAUCCAGUAAGUGGAUAUCAGUCUGCCACUAGAAAUGUAUAUAGUAAGAUGGUCAUUGUGGUUAAAAUGUGAUUGUUUUAUCCACUAGCUUUCACAAGAAUUGUCGCUAUAAUACAUGUAACAUUGCAUGUCCAUAAUAUUAGAAUUUAUAAUCAGUACAAAUAAAAUGGACUCAAUGAUGUUGUGUGUUUCUCAUUCAAAAGUUCUGUGGAGUAUAUAAGCGAGUUCUAAUAAAGAUUACUAUGCCAACAGAGCUUAACCAGUUCCAGUGUACAUAAUAUAAGUAGUACAUAUCCAAAAUUGGAAAUUCCAGGCUGGCCUGAAACUAGGCCUUUGGCCUCACUGACAUUAUUUGAGAGCACUGCCAUUGCCUGCUGUCAACUUCUCCCUUUGAAAUGGUGACUUCCAGAUCACAUGUCCCCUUGUCAGUGACUCAAAAAUCAUUCUGCAGGUGGAGGUGAGAAACAAAACCUGGUACAGACUCCACUGAUUGUCAACCAAUGAUGCAGUUAUGUGGAAUGCUAAAACCAGAAUACAGGGAGAACUAGCCAUUUGG